CUUCAGUGUGGUCCUUCAAAAACAAUAAUAUACAUUGUAGUGGAAAACUUUGGGGAAAUUCAAGGAAAAAGGCUGAAAAUAGGCCAAAAUUGUGUAUAAAAAUGUCCGUAUAUAGUGCCGCAACAUGGGUGAAGUUCUUCGCAGCAGCGGGUAUUCCAUCGAAUGUCUCUGCAAGCUAUGCCCAUGCAUUUGUGGAGAAUCGUAUGCAAAUGAAUAUGUUGAUGGAUCUAAACAAGGAGUACCUGCGGGAGAUGGGAAUCACCCCAAUGGGUGACAUUAUAGCCAUCCUGCGACACGCUAAGGUUGUACACGAUCAGAAUACGCGAGAAAAAGUCCUGGCGAUGGAUAAAGUUCCAGUGGCGACGGUUUCGGGCAAUCCUGUUGGCUCUAAAAUCAUUAAACUCCCACCUAAGGGUCCCCCACAAGCCUUGGAUAAUUCUCCCAUCCCCGUGCCGAGUAAACCACGUCGUGUAUUGCCGGAACAUGAGGGGAAGUACAAAGUCACCCUACCGACGGGAACAACGCAACGUAGCAAAGAAAUUCUCUCAAAAAGAGCCCAAAUGCUUCCACCGGAAAAGAAGCCAAACGAAAAGUCGGGGAUAUUUGAUCGAAUGGAUACAGAUUCGGACGAUGAGGCACGUCACACGCCCCCUAAACGUGAUGUUUCCUUCAAAGUUGUUGGCCUGGAUAAGCCAUCGCCAUCGGGAUCGAUAUUCUCCCGUCUAGGCGACAAGAGUCGAACAGAUGGACGGGUGAUUGAGAGCACGGGAAUCCUCAAAAAUAGCCCAACAAAGAAGGCAAAUAUUGUCCGGAAAACUACGUCGCAUCGCGUUAUCUCAGUCAAGAGAGUCCCCGCAAAAGCCACAACAAUGGUGGCCGAUGAGGUGGAGCAUCAGCAGAAGAUGGAGCUCUGUGAGCCACAGAAGAGUGUCUCCUUUUCAUCCGAAGAUGAAGUCGUUGAAUUUGCAUCGCGACGCAAUGCAGUCAAUAAGCCCAAGAAUCGCGUUGGGAAUCGCCCAAUUAGCGUACGAUCGCGCCUCGGGCUCAAAGGUCCCCGUCUAUCACCCAUUGCGACACUCCACAAGACACGAAAGACCAUCAAGAUGAAGCCGGGGAUUAUCAAGAGCAAGUUGCGCUCCGAUGAGAUAGUUAGUCGCAAAGUGUUGCCGGUACAGAGUCGUCUGGAUCUCAAGCGUGGCGGCACACUCACGGCCAAUGCCCUAGCGGCUAGGAUUGGUGAGGUUACGCUUAACACCACUCCCGUGCGGAGGAAGGAUCUUAAGCAGAGCGGCAGUGUCUUCAAUCGGCUUGGCUUCUCAGGUGGCUCCAAUCAUUGAACACUGAAAAAAUGGGCCCAAGAAAUGAUGUCCCUGAUUUGUGUAAAAUUUGCGUAUUUUUUGCGUAUUUUAAUCAGAGAUUUAAAAGUAAAAUCCCUGAAAUGCA